AUGAAUCGAGCUGGUGUCAAAGCCCUCCGGACGACCUCUCUUUCGACCGUCCGCGUCCUUACUCGAACCCCACAUCGCGGCUUCUCCUUCUCAUCCUCAGUCCACGCUCAAACACGAUCGAAGGCCGGCGCACACAGUCGAAGCGCUCCCCUGAGGUCCUCCAUGUACUUUCGUCGCUUGCCUGCCGCGCUGAUUUCCAGUAUUAUCGUUGGAUACGGUGCUUGGUACUCCUACGAUAAUUCUGAUUUAACGCCCACUUCCAGCUUCAGUUCCAAGACCAGCCUUACGUCCACACAAACGGCUGAUGUGCUACCAACCCGAACCGUCCUCGUAGUGGGCGCCGACGAACUCAGACAGGGCACGAUUGUUGGCGAGGGUCCAAUUUCGAAGACUACCAGCGACGACGGGCGGCGCAUUGUCGAGAUGUUGACCCCCGAUCAAGCGACGGAGAAGCUACGUCGCCUUGAGCAGUCCUUCUCUGUAGCCCGAGGUCAAGGUGUUACUCGUUAUGACCUUGUCCAACUGCCCAGCAACGACCCAAUUGAGGAUGAUCACGCCGAGAAGAUUGUGCAGGUUCCUAGCAGGUCUUCUGCUGAGACUGACAAUAGCGACUGGAUGUUCUGGGGUGUUUUUGACGGUCACUCGGGAUGGACUACUUCUGCGACAUUGAGGGAGAGCCUGAUUAACUAUGUUGCUCGCGAACUCAAUGAGACUUACAAGCAGACUCCUGGCAAGCUUCCCUCUGAAGAGGCGGUAAACCUGGCCAUCAAGACUGGGUUUAACAACUUGGAUAACGAAAUUGUCCACAAGAGCGUUGAGAAGGUAUUCAAGGGCGGCUCCAAGACCGUCGCUGCUGAGUUGCUACAGCCUGCUCUUUCUGGCUCAUGUGCUUUAUUGUCGUUCUACGAUAGCCGUAGCAAGCUAUUGCGUGUAGCAUGUACCGGUGAUUCUCGUGCUGUUCUGGGUCGCCGAGCGGAGAAUGGAAAGUGGACUGCCACUGCUCUGUCAGAGGACCAGACUGGUAGCAACCCUCAGGAAGUCGAUCGCAUGCGCAAGGAGCACCCCGGCGAGGAAAAUGUUAUUCGCAACGGUCGUGUUCUUGGUGGACUAGAACCCAGCCGUGCGUUCGGCGAUGCUGUGUACAAGUGGAGCAGAGACGUCGCUUGGAAGCUCCGCGAGAACUUCUUCGGCCGCAGUCCCUCGCCUUUGCUGAAGACACCCCCUUAUGUCACAGCUGAGCCCAUUGUUACGACCACCAAGGUCAACCCCGAAAAUGGAGAUUUUCUUGUUUUGGCCACCGACGGUCUUUGGGAGAUGCUUACCAAUGAAGAGGUUGUCGGCCUCGUAGGUAAGUGGAUUGAAACCGAAGGACAGUCUGGAACCAACUCUCAGUUCGAUGCUGCCUGGAACAAGAUAUUUGGAUCGUCCAAGACACCUCUACCCGUCGAGGAGAGUAAGACUGCUGGACCUGAUGGUAACAAGACCCCUAUUCGCGUUCAGCAGUGGGGCAUCGAUCCGGAUGCCAAGGAUCGCUUCACAGUGAAGGACAAGAACGUUGCUACACACCUUGUUCGAAAUGCUCUCGGUGGCAACAAUGACGAGCAGGUUUGCGCUCUGCUUACCCUGCCUUCUCCCUUCUCUCGGCGUUACCGUGAUGAUCUGACUGUGCAAGUCAUCUUCUUUGGCCAUGGUGAGAAGACAGGUGAGGUCACCGUCAACCUCGAGGCCACUGCCGAUGAUGGCCUCAAGGCAAAGCUGUAA